ACGGUGUUCCUUUUUUUUUUUUUUUUUUUUUUUCCUUUUUCUAUUUUUUUUUUCCUUUUUGUGUUUAAGAGGGAUUUUAGUUUUUGAGGCUGUGGUGCACCCAUGGAAAAGAACACAAAGCAAAUGGAAUUGGAAGUGUGAAUGUGUGGUUGUCAGUCAGCGGUUAAGUGGCAUUGAUGCCUCUCCCUCUCUGUUGAAAUGGGUCUCUUUCAUUUCAUUUCAUCUUUAAAAUGUUUGAUUUAUAUGACUUUGAAUGAAUGCUCCAUGUGGAUAUCUGGAUUGUUGUAUUUUUAGCUGAAUUUUGUUGGCUUUGGGAUUUUAUGGUUCAUGUUAAAUGGGGUUUCGUGUGUGGAGGUGUUAAUGUUGUUCAUGAUCAGAGUUGCAUGCUUUAAGUUCCCUGUAUGCCCAGGGAAGUGCGUUGGUUACUGGUUGUGUUAUUUACUGAAAGGGGGUCAUUUUGAUUCAUUAUGGUGGUUGUGGAAGUGACACAAUGUGGUAGACUUUAAUGUUUUAGGCAGUUUCUUCAUUGUAUUUCUUGUGGUCUUGACGUGGCUAUAUAUUGAUUGCAAUGACGAACUUAUCUGAGUCAGCUCAGGAUAAGUCUAAUAGUUCCAGGGGAUUAAAUGCUGGUGUGGUUUCAAGUCAGAGUUCAAGGUUGCUAAUUGGAAAUAGGACUGUUUUCUCAGGAGACACAUCGGAUAAUUUGAGGUGUUUAUUUAGGAAAAGUGAAUCGCAACAAGUUAGACCCAGUUGUGCAGAUCUUAAUGAUAACCCUUUGGGUUUUUCUGGAGCCUGUGAGGAUGAGAUGGAAGAGGGCCACACAGUUCGUGGAGUUGAGCGAGGUCAUGUUAGCUUAAGGCGGUGGUUGGACAAGCCAAAUCGGUCGGUGGACCUAUUGGAGUGCCUACACAUUUUCAGGCAGAUUGUGGAGAUUGUAAACUUAGCACAUUCCCAAGGAGUAGUUGUUCAUAAUGUACGGCCUUCGUGUUUUGUCAUGUCUUCUUCCAAUCGUGUCUCCUUUAUCGAGUCUGCAUCAUGUUCAAGUUCGGGGUCUGAUUCAUAUGAGAAUGAUUUCAAUCAGCACUCCUUACCAUCUCCACAGAACUUGCAAAAGCAGCAAAGUAGGUUGGUAACUGAAGAUUACCCAACAGAGAUAUCUGCAUCAGGUACUUCUCGAGUGGCAUCAGGUACUUCUCAGGUGGCAUCAGAUACCAGUAGCUUGCAGUUGAGUGCAGCCUUCGCAUUGCAGCAAUUAAUAGUGGAAGAAAUGGAAGAAAACAAAUUAACUAACAGCAGGAAGAUUGAAGCUGAAGAAAGGAAAAAGACUUUCCCAUUGGAGCUGAUAUUGCCCAUGGAGAUCAGUUGGUACUGUAGUCCAGAAGAAGAUGAAGGUGCCCCAAGUUCUUUUUGUUCAGAUGUAUAUAGAUUGGGGGUUCUUCUUUUUGAGUUGUUUUGUACAUUCAGCUUAACAGAAGAAAAAUUCAGCACUAUGUCCAAUCUGAAACACCGAGUUUUGCCCCCUCACUUAUUGUUGAAGUGGCCAAAGGAAGCUUCAUUUUGUCUAUGGUUGUUACAUCCUCAGCCAAGCACUCGACCAAAAUUGAGUGAGGUGCUACAUAGUGAGUUCCUUAAUGAACCGAGGGAUCAUUUGGAAGAACGCGAAGCACUAAUAAAGCUUACAGAGGAUAUAGAAGAGCAGGAAGUGCUGUUGGAAUUCCUUUUGCAGGUGCAACAAAGAAAACUGGUAGCUGCUGAUAAGUUGCAUGGAGCCCUAAGCUGCCUCUCUUCUGAUAUUGGAGAAGUAAUGGAACAACAAAUGAUACUCAACAAAAAGGGUGGCUCAUUCCUGAAACUGAAGAGGGAUGAACUUUCUGUUUUUGAUAAAGUUGAUUAUCCUUCCCAAUGUCUUGCUGGAAAGGGCUCUGCUAGCUUGGGACUCAGAAAGCGGAUUAGACAGGGACAUGACCCUCAUUGUGUGGAGGAUUGGAGUGAGCAUCUAGAUGAGGUUCAAAAGUCAGAAACACAAAGUGGGAAUCAGGAAGCCAUACUCUCUAAAGGUUCUCGAUUGAUGAAGAACUUUAAGAAAUUGGAGUCAGCUUACUUUUCAACAAGAUGCAAACCCAGCAAGCCAACUGAGAAAAUGUUGACUAGUUCUCCCAUUAGUAGUACUGGUUGGGGUUCCCUUGUCAUAACUGAAGGGAGUUCAGUUGAUAACCUGGUAUCUAAAGCUGGGUAUAAUGAAGGUAAAGGAAGUAGAUGGAUAAAUCCCUUCCUUGAGGGUUUGUGCAAGUAUUUAUCUUUCAGCAACUUAAAGGUUAGGGCGGACCUGAAGCAAGGUGACCUAUUAAAUUCUCCAAACUUAGUGUGUUCCCUGAGUUUUGAUCGCGACAGAGAAUUCUUUGCUACAGCUGGAGUGAACAAGAAGAUUAAAAUUUUUGAAUGUGACAUGAUCCUAAAUGAAAAUCGUGAUAUUCACUAUCCUGUAACUGAGAUGGCAAGUCAGUCAAAACUAAGCUGUAUAUGUUGGAAUGGUUAUAUUAAAAACCAGAUUGUGUCAAGUGACUUUGAAGGAGUUGUACAGGUAUGGGAUGUUUCAAGAAGUCAAAGAUUUAUGGAAAUGAAGGAGCAUGAAAAGCGUGUAUGGUCUGUUGACUUUUCAUUAGCUGAUCCAACAAAACUGGCAAGCGGGGGUGAUGAUGGUGCAGUUAAAUUGUGGAAUAUCAAUCAGGGUGGAAGCAUUGGUACCAUUAAAACAAAGGCCAAUGUUUGCUGUGUUCAAUUUCCUCCAGAUUCUGCUCGUUCUCUUGCAAUCGGUUCUGCAGAUCAUAAGGUCUAUUGCUAUGAUCUCCGUAACACAAGAAUACCAUUGGCCACGUUAAACGGUCACAGCAAGACUGUGAGCUAUGUUAAGUUCAUCAAUUCAACAACUCUUGUUUCGGCCUCCACAGAUAGUUCUUUGAAGCUCUGGGAUUUGUCAACAUGCACAUCUCGGGUUCUUGACAGUCCUCUCCAAACGUUCACAGGCCAUAUGAAUGUAAAGAAUUUUGUGGGUCUAUCUAUAUCUGAUGGAUACAUUGCUACGGGCUCAGAGACAAAUGAGGUCUUCAUCUACCAUAAAGCUUUCCCCAUGCCAGUCCUGUCAUUCAAAUUCAGCACUAUGGAUCCACUUUCUGGGCAAAAUGUUGAUGAUGGCCAACAGUUUGUCUCAACUGUUUGCUGGCGUGGCCAAUCAACCACCUUGCUUGCUGCUAAUUCUGCUGGACACAUCAAACUCCUUGAAAUGGUAUGAAAUUCUCAAACAUUCACCCCAAUACAUAAGUUUUGGAUUUGAUUUGUAAGUUAACCUAUAGCCAAGAAGAAACAUGGGUUCCAAUAAAUUUCCCGGAAAGUGAAAGUAAAAGGAAAAAAGGGCAAAGGGAAAGAAAGUGGGAGAUGAAAAAAGUGAAAAAGGGUAGUGAUUCUGUUGAAUCAUCAAGUGGGGAUUGAAUGUACAACUACAGUAGACUAUUACUAUAAUAUGAAGUAAUUUAAUGAAAUCUAUAAUGCCUUUCCUUGA